AUGAAACCCCAUAAGUUUUUGCAUUUUGCUACGGAACCUGUUUUUGAUAAGAAACCAAAAUCAAAUCAAAAGACAAUUCUAUCAAUUAAACGAUCUGCAUUACCACUUGUACCUGCUUAUUGUAUUACAACACAUAAAAGUCAAGGUCAAACAUUGAGCAAAGUGGUUAUCGAUUUAAAAUUACCAAAUGAAACUGAUGAUAUUGCAGCAGUCUACGUACCACUAGCUCGUGUGAAACGUUUGCUUGAUUUAGCAAUUCUACGACCAUUUGAUUAUAAAGUUUUCCUGAUGAAACCAUCUAAAUCUCAAAUUACUGAAAUGGAAAGAUUGGAUCAGCUAUUUUUGAAUAUACGAUCACGUUUUCCGGAAUGGUUUCAUUGA